AUGGUCCAAAUCUCUAAAAAACGUGUUCGUAGAAACACAAUUGUUUUAGAUAGUGGCUCAAAUUCGGUUAUAACUGCAUUACCGCCUGGUAAUACAGUAUCAACUACUAGCUCUCAAAAUGGUUUGAGUGCAGAUCUCACUCCUGUGAUACAGGUGAAAGAUGUUCUGUUAGAGAACUCUGAGUUCUGUAAACUAAACCUCCUUUUGAAAGAUAUGCAGAGGCAAGUAAGUGAAAUUCAGAAAAAAUUAGAUCAGUUUGAUAGUAUGUCACUGCCAAUCUCAAAUACCACGGAGAGCCGUUCUGAUAUUGGUCAGGUUAAGUGUUUACUGGAUGUAACUCAAAAUAAGCUUUUGAAUUUAGACCCAAUAGCCUGUCUUUUAGAAAGGCAUCCUAAAAUAUCUCCAGACAACCUAAAUAAAGCUGAAAAUCUGAUUGACUGCUUGGCUACGGAGGUGAUGAAGCGUAUAACCUCUUCUCACCAAGCUAUAGUUUACAACGUCCCAGAUUCUCUGCCCCUGAAAACUGUAAGACACAAAAUCCUGAUUUGUUGCGGCAUGGCUAGUGUUCCAUGUGAAUGCAAACGACUUCGUAAAAAGUCUAACCAGGCUAAUUGCCCAAUCAUUUUUAAAUUCAGUAAUUCCCUUGAUGCUAGUAAGUUUACUAAAUGUCAGGAUCACUUAAGACUGAAUAGCAGUUAUAAGUCUAUAACCGUAGCUCAGGAUAAAACACCGUGUCAGCGCAGAAUAAUGCGUAGUAAUAACCUGGUCACCUCCUCUAGCUUAGAUUUACCAAAAAAGGAUCGUGCACAGCAACAGACACCUAGUGCUGAAACUAGCAUUCAGCAAACUACACAACAACCACACCUGCCAAUGGAACUAGGAACUGAUUUAGAUACCAGUACCCCUGUAAAUAAAGCCUCAUCGAAAGAUGUUAAAAUGACUAGAACUUCUGCAAGUUGUUCUAAGAAAUUUCCCCCCAAACGUAGUAACCUCACCACGAUGAACAAAUUUCGCAGGGUUGAGACUAAUGAUGGGGAAGAAUACUUUGUAUUCAAUAAGCCUGCUGAGAGUAAGAAUGCCAACAAACCAUCACUUGUUACGAAAAACUCCUCUCGAAACAUAAGUAUAUCUGGAGGUGUUCCGCAUGCUCCACCUUAUAGAAAGUCAGGCUCCAAGACUCCUAAAGUCUUGCAGCCAAAGCACCUUCCUUCACAAUUCCCUUUAAGUUAUAAAAACAACCCGAAGGUGUAUACCGGUAUGACGAAUAGCAGUUGGAUGGGUAGACCUUCUGAUGCUAUGCCUUUUAACCGUCAACCUAGGCCCAACCUGUACUACCCUUAUAUCCAGGAACACAUGGUAAAUUUUCCAGGUGUCCCGAAUCACUGGUACGACCCAUGGCACCUAGGACCACCUCAUUGCACUCCAACCCGAUGUACAGACACCCAGUCCGACCUCCUUUUCAUUCAUAAAUUCUUGCGGUGCUGA